CCCGAGUCCCCCCCCCCCACCACCUCCGGUCUCCUACUGCUACGCCACGUCGGUAGAAACAGAGCUCUGGUCUCCAAAUGACCCUGGUCACUCGCAAGGAUAACAUCCCCGGCCAUGGAGAGAGCCUCUUCGUCACCGCCGUCGUCAUGGCCGGUCUGGCGCUGUUUUUUGUCGUCCUCAGGCUAAUCACUCGCUUUGAUGCGCACCGUGCAGGCGCCGACGACUACCUGAUCAUCGUCGCCAUGACAUUCUCCAUCUUUCUCACCAUCGCGAUUGAUCUAGCCGUCGCAAAUGGAUACGGAAAACGGAUGAAUAGUCUGACGACGGAAGAGAAAUACCACGCAUUCCUUUGGUUCUAUAUCGCGCAAGUUCCCUAUAAAAUGGUGCUCGGCUUCACCAAAAUGUCCAUCGUGUGCCUCUACCUGCGCAUCUUCAUCACCCCGACCUUCAAGCGUGUCUGCUUCGGGUUGAUCGCGGUGAUUGCGUGCUGGACCUUUGCCACCAUCAUGGUCACCCUCUUCCAGUGCUCCCCCAUGGCGGCCUCGUGGAACGCAGCCAUCACGGACAAGACGUGCAUCAACAAGAACGUCUGGUGGUACACCUUUGCCGCCACCGACACUCUGGGUGACGUGGUCAUCUUCUUCCUGCCCAUCUACCCGGUGUUGCAGUUACAGCUGAAACCCAGAGACAAGCUGGCCUUGCUCUUCGUCUUUGCGUUGGGAGCUUUUGUGUGUACAGCAAGCAUCAUCCGUACCGUUGCCGUGAUCCAGACCUCUUCCCAAACCUACGAUGAGAGCUAUGACUUUCUCCCCCGCUCGGUCUGGACGCUCAUCGAAGCCAACACGGGCAUCAUCUGCGCCUGCCUCCCCAUGCUGAAACAAUACCUCGUCCGUUUCUUUCCCAGUGUGUUUGACCGUUCCCGCCAAAGGACGACAGACAGGUAUCAGACUGGGACCGGGUAUGGACAACGCUCCGGCAACAACCACGCCUUACAGAGCCUGGCCAGCGGGUUCAGAUAUACCUCCUCGGCCAAAGUUCAGGGCCGGGAGGACGCCACGAGCGAGGAGAUGAUCCUCGACGGCCCUGACACGCCGGAAAUCCAUACAACAACCAAUUUCGAGGUUUCCUAUGAAAAGGCUCCAUAGAUAUCAUAUUAUUGAAAUUCGGAAUUCAAGGAGAUUCUUGCGCCAGUCGCAAUAGUGAAUGCAGAAGCUGAUU